AUUUGGCUACCCUGUUUCACUUUCAUGGUUCGUUCGUUAAGUGAGAGAAGUCAGGCCAAAGAAUCCACCCACCCGUCGAUCCAAGCAAUGUGCGGCUAAACCGCCCUUGAAAACACGCCCCUUUUCUGCCUGUCAUCAUGAUUGGUGGGCUCUUCAUCUACAAUCAUAAGGGCGAGGUGCUCAUUUCACGGGUUUACCGAGAUGAUAUUGGUCGGAACGCGGUGGACGCGUUCCGCGUGAACGUGAUCCACGCCCGCCAACAAGUCCGCUCGCCCGUGACGAACAUUGCGCGCACGUCGUUCUUCCAUAUUAAGCGGUCGAACAUUUGGCUGGCCGCCGUCACCAAGCAGAACGUGAACGCCGCCAUGGUGUUCGAGUUCCUCCUGAAGAUGUGCGACGUCAUGGCCGCCUACUUCGGCAAGAUCUCCGAAGAGAACGUCAAGAACAACUUUGUCCUCAUCUACGAGCUCCUGGAUGAACUCUUGGACUUUGGCUAUCCCCAAAACACGGACACUGGUAUCUUGAAGACCUUCAUCACCCAGCAAGGCAUCAAAUCCACGAGUCGUGAGGAGCAAACCGCCAUCACGUCGCAGGUGACCGGUCAAAUCGGAUGGCGACGUGAAGGCAUCAAGUAUCGUCGCAACGAGCUCUUCCUCGACGUCUUGGAGUACGUCAACCUACUCAUGUCCCCUCAAGGCCAGGUUUUGUCGGCUCACGUGGCGGGUAAAGUGGUGAUGAAGUCGUAUCUGUCGGGUAUGCCCGAGUGCAAGUUUGGUAUUAAUGACAAGAUCGUGGUGGAUGCCAAGGGGAAAUCGGGCGAAGAGACCAGUCGCACCAAGAGCUCCAUCGCCAUCGAUGACUGUCAAUUCCAUCAGUGCGUCAAGUUGAGCAAGUUCGAAACCGAGCAUGCCAUUUCGUUCAUUCCACCCGAUGGUGAAUACGAAUUGAUGAGAUAUCGGACCACCAAAGACAUAUCUCUUCCGUUCCGAGUGAUCCCGUUGGUGAGAGAGGUAGGUCGGACCAAACUCGAGGUCAAAGUGGUCAUCAAGUCCAACUUCAAGCCGUCGCUGUUGGCCCAGAAGAUCGAGGUUCGCAUCCCGACCCCGCUCAACACCUCCGGAGUUCAAUUGAUCUGCAUGAAAGGCAAAGCUAAAUACAAAGCCUCCGAGAACGCCAUUGUCUGGAAAAUCAAGCGAAUGGCUGGCAUGAAGGAGUCUCAAAUCUCGGCUGAGAUCGAGUUGCUCCAAACUGAUAGCAAAAAGAAAUGGACCCGCCCACCGAUUUCCAUGAACUUCGAGGUCCCAUUUGCUCCUUCGGGCUUUAAAGUUCGAUAUCUGAAGGUGUUCGAGCCGAAACUUAAUUAUUCCGAUCACGACGUCAUCAAAUGGGUGCGAUACAUUGGCCGAAGUGGACUCUACGAAACCCGAUGCUGAGGGUUAGUCGUUUGUUUGUUCCUUGGCUCUGGAAUUUGGGUGUUCAUUCUUUCGAAAAAGAACAUUUUUUCCACCCUCACCAUCCUCCUCCUUAUUCCCCUUAUGAGCAUUUGAAAUAGAUCUUAGCUACUGUUACUACUUGAGAUGAUGGGAGUGGUUUUAGAAAGGAGCUAAUUGGUAUGAAUCAUGAAGGAAACCACUCGUAAUUUAUGUUUAAGAUGAAUGAUCAUCUGGUUCUUGAAAUCAAUAAAAGACCUUUUAUUUGUA